GAUCACUCUAGCGGCAAGCUGAGCAGCAAGGGUCACCCUGCAAUCACAUGCUAGCACAAACAUCCAAUGAUAGUCCAGUACUUCAGCCUACGCAGCCAUGGGGCUUGGUCUGGGGUGGCCCCAAUCGUUCCUGAAGGACUAUAAGACAUUUGGGAGGCCCAAGGAAAGAUACCAUCCGGUCUAAACUGUCCUGCAAUUCAGGUGCCAUACUCAGCAGCCAUGAAGUUCUCCCUUGCCGCCCUAGUUGUCGUGCUCGCUCUAGCACACGGAAGCCAAGCAGCACAGUCCCCCGAGGUUGAGAAGCUGGCACAGUAUUUCCAGGAUCUGUCAGCUCAGCUGACCUCCACCACUCAGGAGCUAGUGCAGAAGAUCCAGUCAGAGACCUUCAUAGAGGAUGGAAAGGCCCAGCUGCAGCAGAUCCAGGCCCAGCUGGCACCCCUGGCAGAUAAUAUGCAGGCCCAGCUGAAGCCGCUGGCUGAGAACAUGCAGGCCCAGCUUAAGCCUCUGGUUGACAACAUCCAGGCUCAGAUGGAAGACCUCUUCCGCAAGUUGAUGGACCAGACCAAGUCCCUCGGCCAAUAAAGCAGUUAUUUUUCAAUAACCUUAUCACCUCAGACCGAAUCAACAGCUCCAUGGGCUUACAAUCAGCCAAAACCAACCCACCAAGAGUUGGAACCAGACAAGCUUUCAACCCUCUGCUUAAGUCAACCAAUCAAUCACAUUUAUUUAUAAAGCCCUUCUUACAUCAGCUGAUGUCACAAAGUGCUGUACAGAAACCCAGCCUAAAACCCCAAACAGCAAGCAAUGCAGGUGUAGAAGCACGGUGGCUAGGAUAAACUCCCUAGAAAGUCUUCUGUAUUUGUGCCAAGACGAAUGUUGUUGACAUGCAAAGACAGACAGUAGUAACAGAACAACAUUCAAACUUGGAAACUGGUUCUGUGGUCUCUAUUGUAAUUUGUAGUCUAUUCAUUUUCACUGAAAUUAGUUUCCAGUCAUACAUCACUUCACAUAUUUGUUUGGUGUACGAUUAUUGAAAAUCUGUUUAAUUCCUCAAUUUAGGAAUUCUAGUUUCAAUAACUUAUUUUACUCCAUCAUAGGUCAUACACUACCAACCCAUUCCCUCAAUUAAAACAUCAACACACUCCCCUCUGUAUUUAUUUGGACAGUGAAACAAAAAUGUGUACUUUUGGCUCUUCUCCACAUGUUGUAUUUUAGAUCAAAUGUUUCAUAUGAGGUGACAGUACAAAAUGUCACCUUUCAUCUGCGGGUAUUUUCAUACAUAUCGUUUUUACCGUUUUGAAAUAAAAACAGUGGAGAACGGG